AUGCCGGCCUCAAGCUAUCCGCGCCCAGACUUUGAGCGCACCAGCCUCCGGUGGCAGUCGCUCGACGGCCCGUGGCACUUCCUCUUUGACGACGACGACGUCGGCCUGACCAGCCGCUGGGCGCAGACGGGCCUGCCGCAAGAAGUCGCCGUCCAGGCCGCCGGCGCGCCCGCCGCCCAGACCGAGAGCGAGUCCAUCACGCAGCGCAUCGCCGCCGGCACGCAGGAGCUCUACAAGGACAAUGCCUUGACGGCGAGCGCCGCCGGCGUCGUGCAGCGCCGUCGCACGAUCCGGGUCCCCUACGUCUUCCAGUGCCCGGCGUCCGGCAUCGACGACCGCGGCGUCCACGAGGUGCUCUGGUACGAGCGCGACAUCGCCGAUCUGCGUACCGCCGAGGAGAAGCAGCAGGGCCGGCGGCUGGUGCUCCGCUUCGGCGCCGUCGACUACGCCGCGCGCGUCUGGGUCAACGGUCGCUUGGUCGGCGGACACCGCGGCGGACACGUGCCGUUCCAGCUCGACGUGACCGAAGCCGUCGACGCCGGCGCCUCCUCGUCGGCCUCGUCGGCCCACCGGCUGACGGUGAGGGUCUACGACUCGGCCUACGACCUGACCCAGCCGCGCGGCAAGCAGUACUGGGGCGCCAAGCCCGAGAGCAUCUUCUACACGCCCUCGGGCGGCAUCUGGCAGUCGGUCUGGCUCGAGGUCGUCCCGCCCGCCAGCAUCGCCGACAGCACGCACGGCACCGUCCUCCAGUCCAACGACAUCGAGUCGGGCAACCUGCGCUGCCACGUCUCCGUCCUCGGCCGCCGGCAGGGCCAGGGCUGCAGCGUCGAGGUCGAGGCCGGGCUCGGCGGCGUCGUCGUCGCCACGUCGGACCGGAAGCACCUGUCCAAAGAGACCGACUCGGUCGACCUCGAGCUCAGCAUGCGCCUGUCGCAGGACCAGCGGUCCAAGCUGCCUGCCUCGUUCGUCGCCAGCGCGCCGCUGGGCGACGAGCGGUGCUGGCGUGACGGCGUGGCUCUGUGGACGCCGGAGCACCCUCUCCUUUACGACAUCACCAUCCGCCUCUUGGACGCGCAGGGCAACGUCCUGGACGAGGUCAAGUCGCAGACAGGCAUGCGCUCCAUCAACUGGUCCCGGGGCGACGGCCUCUGGAGACUCAACGACCGGCCGUAUUUCCAGGCGCUGUGCCUCGACCAGGGCUACUGGCCCGACACCUUCAUGACACCGCCAGGCCCCGACGGCGCAAAGGCCGACAUUGAGCUGGCCAAGCGCAUGGGCUUCAACGGCUGCCGCAAGCACCAAAAGGUCGAGGAUCCCCUCUUCUACUACUGGGCCGACAAGCUCGGAUACCUGGUCUGGGCCGAGAUGGCCAACUCGUACCAGUAUAGCCCCGAAUACAUCGACCGCUUCAACCAAGAAUGGACCGAGUCUGUCAGGCUGGCCAUCAACCACCCCUCUGUCGUUACGUGGACCCCCGUCAACGAGAGUUGGGGCUAUCCGUCUCUCAAGGACAACGCGGAGCAGCGCGAUCACGUCCGCGCGCUCUACUAUCUCACCAAGACGCUCGAUCCCACGCGAAGCAUCAACGACAACUGCGGCUGGGAGCAUGUCUGCAGUGACCUGACCACCUUCCACGACUACAGCGACGGGCCCGACCUGCAAAAGAACUGCGCCAGCUUGGACCUCAUUCUCGGCCCCAAGGCCGGGAGGGACCUGUUUGUCGGCGACGCCAAGCAUCUGCCAGGAGCGCCCAUCAUGUGCACCGAGUUUGGCGGCGUCAACAUCGCCCCGGCGAAGCCCGAGGGCGGUGCUGCGGACCGCGACUGGGGCUACACGACCGCGAGCGAUCCCCAGGACCUGCUGGCGAGGUUCGAGCGUCUGGUCAAGGCUGUCACCGAGGGCGGGCAUUGCUGUGCGUUUGUGUAUACGCAGUUAACCGACAUUGAACAAGAGGCCAAUGGUCUGUACAGCUUCGAUCGCAAGGAGAAGCUGGACGCUGCCAAGGUCAAGACUGUCAUUGACGAGGCCUUGCGGGGGUUCUACACCAGGGUUGGCUCGUCGUAG